GGAAGUUUCCAAUUGAAUUCCCUCAUCUGCACCGCCGCCGUCACCAUCACCACCAUUGUCACCAUCCAACCUGGCUGUGAAACCACACGCCACACUUCACAUCGUUGUACCCACACAGACAUCCCAGUCUUGCUAUCUGGGGACCGCCACUCGUCGUCUAUCUUUAUCAUCUUCUAAUUACUGUGGGUGUGCGGUCCACCUUAUUAUACCCACCUUCAUUCUUCCUCCAUCCUUUCAUUCUUUAUACGUCGCCUCCAGCGUCGCGUCUGCAAUUCAGGCGCACUCUGGCCUGGCAUACCCUCGCGAUGCGCUCUCAACUGUCCUUCAAAUCGCCCAUCGCUCGCUAUGUCGUAGCCUUUGUUCUGAUAAUUGCUGUUGACGCGCAAACCUGUUACUACCCCAACGGCGACAAAGCAGGAGACUCUUUCGCAUGUGGUACUGGCGAUAAUGUGGUAUGCUGUCCGCUUCAAUGGCAGUGUCUCGAUAAUGGCCUCUGCUACAAUCCUGCUGCGAAAAUCCUAGGUCGCUAUUCCUGUACCAAUGGUGAUUUUGGUGCUGGCUGUGCGAACAACUACUGCACAUACGACAACACAGCUAUUGGAAACGAGGCCAUUCUGGCUUGCAAUGAUGGUCGCUAUUGUUGUGACAAGAACAGACAAGCCGGAAACUGCUGUACAGACCAGGGUUUCGAGUUUGUGGAUAACCUCUCGGCUGGAAACGUAUUCGCAACGGUCUUGAGCACGAAUGGCGUCGCCAAGGCUACUUCUCUUGCUGGUCCAUCUUCCUUUACUGACGGUAGUCCCUCCUCGGCUCAGUCCUCGGUCCGUUCGUCGAAUGGAGGUUCUACAAGACCUACUUCGAAUCCUCCCUCUUCGCCUGCACCUACAUCAGAUGUAACUGCAGCUGGUACACCUGUAGUCUCUGAAUUCACUUCAAUUGAGACGGGUAGUAAUGGUCCCGUAACAAUCGUGCGAACCACUGUUCUCACUCCGGCUUCAACCGACACACCAACCAAUAAUGACGACUCUGGUGGAUCCUCUAAUACCGGCAUGAUAGUUGGUUUGGCAGUCGGUAUUCCAUUGGGUCUCAUCGCAAUUGCCGGCAUUCUGUUCUUUCUGUGGCGUCGUCGACGACAACAACAGGCUGGGCGUAGCGACACCGGUAAUACCAGCAACCCAUUUGCCGCAACGCUUUCAAAACCUGGCAAAACUUCCACCGAGACGACAUCACCCACAGAGAUCACUGCAGAUGCGAAGUAUGCCAAUGUACUUCCGACCGGUUCUCAGGGUAAUCCUGUAGAGAUUGACAGCAGGCCCAUUUCAAACUUUACGGAGCUGCCCGAGAAUAGUCCAUCGCAGACACACUCUGAGCUUGAAGGAUCGCCAGCACAACCGCCAAACUCGUUUGCUCGACAGUCGAAGAACAACCUUGCACCUGGAAAUGCUUCUCGCAAUUCCGAAACACCCAGCGGUUCUUCGAUUUCGCCAGCAGUCGGCACAGGCAACUUCCCAAGCUCUCCAGUAUCGAUAUCAUCUAUGAACGUUGAAGUUCCACAAGACGAUCUGAGAAUCAAGGGCGCACAUGCGGCACAUUUCGGUGGUGGAUCGCUUCAGCCAGUACAAGAGGGUGAAGUCACCCAGUCUCAGAGCCAUCCUCAGCCCCAGGGACCAGUAGGACCGACCAGUGGUCAGACACAGGGAGGCCGGUUUAUACCCUACAGGCCCCCGCAGCCAUGAAACACUAUUAUCUGCAGCACAAUCUUUUACAAUGUCGUUGUCCUCGAAUGCAUCGCACGAGGCUGAGAUAUCCCAUGACGGCGUUUUUGCUUUGACUUCACUGGUGCGGCUAUGGUUUUACGCCGUGUAAAGUAGCUUAAGAAGCGGGGAAAAGGAUAUAUACCACACGCGAAAGAGGGACGUGCGGCAAAUGAUACCCUAGAGUUGUUACUGUUGGUAUUGCAUGUACUACUUGUUGAGAUAUCGAGGACACGCCCAAGACACGGGUCGGUCAAUUCGUGCUUCUGCGUUGCCGUAUGUCGGAGUCGAACAUUCGUACAAAACUCUAUAAUCCAGCUGUCUAUC